AUACUAAAUCAUGGCAGCUCUAAGAAACAAGCAGUCAUCGUGACAUCAGACAUGUGAUGUCAUAGACAGCUGGAGUCCUGACAUUCCACUGACAGCCGCCCGAGCCUUCAUUCUGUAGAUUGUUACAGUGCGAUUAGCAACUUCUAUUUCUUCUUCUUGACUGAGAUGGAGCUAAAAGGUUUGGGGUUCGUCCCCCUUCUGUUGGCGUUUUGGUGUGCGGCCUGGCUUGCCACCAGCUACAUCGUGACGGUCGUCCUCGGCCAUGCCGCCUCGCCACUGAUGCACAUCAGUGACGUGGGAAAUUUCUUUCCCGAAAACAUAUUAUUCAGAAUUGGUUUCAUAGGGACGUCCAUUGGCACUUUGGUACUAACCUUUCUUAUUUAUAAGUAUAUGGUUAUGCAUACUGAAGAGUUCAGGGGUCAUCAGGUCCUGAUCCAGAGGAUCCUGCUGGCCAUUGUGUGGGCCUCCUGUUUUGGUACAGCUGUUAUGCAUGUAUUGUCCCCCGAAGAAUAUCCCAGGAUACACUUUGUCAGCACGAUAAUUUCCAUUACAUGUGAAGCCUUAUACUACCUUGGGCAGUCCAUCCAGAUGUAUAAAUUACCAGGAGCAAACAAAGUCAUCCACCAUAGUAGAUGCACCUGCUGUGGCCUGGCUUUUACCUGCGCAAUUUUCUACUUUGGAUAUAAAACAUUACAGGAAUUAUUCUAUGAUGAUGAAGACUGGGACGAGAUCCGUGAAAUCACCACCAUAAUCAUCGAGUGGGUGAUGCUUCUACUGAUCCUGAUAAACAUCGUGACCUAUUAUUCCACCAUGCAGAGGUUAAUGUUAACCGUCUCCAGGAACAGCUGCAAACUCUCUCUUAGAGUAAGAAUUGAUGACUUCGGGGUGUAGACCACCACGUGGGCCAUCAAGUGGACUUCUGGGAGAGAUACUGCACAGGACACGGAAAAACCAUAAAAAAAAAUAAUAUGAGCUGGUAAUAUUACCUAUACAAAAAAAAUAAUAUGAGCUGGUGAUAUUACCUAUACAAAAAAAAU